AUGGGAAAUGAUCAAGCUAACCAUAUGUAUGGCAGGAUUUCAAUUUACAUUUACGGGUCACCAUAUUUACGGACUUUGGGUCUUAGUUCAGAAUUAAUAGCUUUGGUAUGGCUUGCGGGACCUUUAUCAGGCCUACUGGUCCAACCUCUCAUUGGGGCUAUUAGCGAUAAAAGCACCUUCAAGAUAGGUAGAAGGCGACCUUUUAUUCUUAUUGGAGCAUUUUUGGUUUGCCUUUCUAUGGCAGGAGUUGCUUAUUCAAAAGAAUGGGCUGCGCUUAUUCUUGGAAAACCCAUCUCGAGGAAUAACAAUGAUGCAGAGAUCAAUAGGAUUGCCAUAUAUAUCGCAGUAACCGCAUUUUAUUGCUUAGACUUUUCCCUUAACGCUGUUCAAGCAUCAUGCCGCGCUUUGAUUCUUGACAUUCCAUCGUGCUCCCAACAAGAAACUGGCAAUGCAUGGGCUGGAAGAAUGAUGCACGUAGGAAAUGUGGCCGGAUACUUUACUGGCUUUUUGGAUUUAACUGCAUUAUUCCCGAUUCUAGGAAAUACUCAAUUGAAAGUACUCUGUAUUAUUGCUUGUAUUAUGCUUACCUUAUCCUUACUUAUAACAUGUUUAAGUGUGAAAGAGAAAGCUUAUGAACCGGUUAAUGAAACUGGACCAUGGUGGGACACUUUUGAUUAUAUUUAUAAAGCUUUUAGAUAUCUUCCAGUACCCAUUCAGAGAAUCUGUAACGUUCAAUUUUUCGCUUGGAUGGGAUGGUUUCCAUUUUUGUUUUUCAGUACAACUUGGGUAGCAGAAAUGUAUGCACAUACUCACCCAGAUGAAGAUCCAAACGAUCAAGACUUUAUUUUUAUGGCUACAAGAGCUGGUUCAUUAGGUUUAUUAAUAUUUUCAACUGUAUCAGUUGUAGCUGGUAUUUUUAUUCCACAACUUACUCCAAAGACCUACCCUAAUAAUAGUCCAUUAACCAUCUAUAACAUUUAUACUGCAUCACAUAUCAUUUUCUUUUUUAUAAUGAUGACUACAUUCUUUGUACGUACUGAAUAUGAUGCUAUAGCUGUUCUUGCUAGUAUUGGUGUUCCAUGGGCCAUUGCUAUGUGGAUUCCAUUCGCACUUGUGGGCGAGUUUGUACAAAAGGAAAAUGUCAAUGCUAUCACAGAAAACACUCUUGUUAGACCGACCGAAAAUAAUGACAUUGAAAAUGAUUCAACAUUAGCUUCGUCCUCAUUGUCUCAUCUAAUUAAUACAGAUGAACAGAUUGAAGAAGAAUUUGAUGCAGGAAUGAUACUCGGUGUUCAUAAUAUGUACAUUGUAUUUCCUCAAUUUGCCGUUUCAUUAAUUAGUGCUGUAAUAUUUAAACUCGUAAAUUCAAAUGUUGGAAAUGUUGAAACGAAUGAUGGAGUAGGAUGGGUCCUUAGGUUUGGUGGAUUUAUGGCACUUAUAGCAGCCGUUUUAUCGCGUUAUCUUAUACACUUCCAUCUUAACAAACAAGUAUAA